ACACCGAAGAAGAACUUCAACCAUAACAUCUUCCACCAUGAAACAAGAAGCUACUUUAACUAGCGUCUAACUGUUAAUAAACUGUUAACUGAAAAUAACCAAAUGUGGAGAUUAAACAAAGUUCGCCACAAAGAUGGUCGACAAGGCGACAGUGUGGAGGAGCUCAAGUUAAAGAGGCGAGAACACGAGAAAGCACUGAGACAAGCCCGCAGAGACAGACAGCUUGUGAGCAAGAGACUCCUGCUGAAUGACGAUGAGGACCAGCCAGAGGUCACCAUGGACACUAUCUCAGGAGAACACGACGUAGUCAGUUUGCUACACAAACUUCAACAAAGCGGACCGGAGAGGGACGCCCACCUUAAAGCUUUGAGUAAAGCUCUCCGGGACCCAUCAGCACAGCUCACCUUCAUCAAGCAGGAGAAUAGUAUGCAUCUUCUGGUUGGUCUCCUCACUGGCUCUGAUGCUACAUGCCGUCUGCAUGCUGUUCGGUGCCUUCAUGAGCUGUCUCAUUCUCCCAUCACCAAUGUGGCACCAGCCUGUCUGCCUGCCACCCCCUACCUACUCACCUAUCUCUCUGGCCAGAGCACCAAGUUUACUGAACUCUGUCUCUACACGCUUGGUAAUUUAUGCCCAGACAGCGACGCUGUGAAAGAGAAGCUCCUGGCACAGGGAAUCAUACCAGCUCUAGCCAACUGUAUAGAGAACCAGAGACCUAACCUUGCAGUGGUGGAAGCUGUUGGAUUCACCCUUUCUCAGCUUCUCCAGGCCAAAGAUGCAGCAGAGAAAAUAGUCCCGAUGGUUCUGGCCUCCAGCUUACCUUCACACUUGUUAUCUGUCCUGACUCCUGACCCAAAGUUUGGCCUGGCACCUGCCAUUGAGUGUGCAUGGUGUCUUCACUACCUCACAUGCAGUGUGAAGGACAACAGAGUGCUGUUGUCUCAUGGGGCCCUGUUUCAGUGCAGUUCCCUGUUAGUGUCACUAGGUGGGGCUGUGGCGGAAGGAAACAAAGAAGAAGGAAUGGAGCUGUUUAUAUGUCCUCUGCUGAGGUGCCUGGGAAACCUCCUGUCCUCCUGUCCAGCGAAAGACCUGAGCGCUCAAAUGGGUGACGUUCGUAUCGUGGUUGCUCUGUGUGCACUGCUUCAGGCCUACCUGCAGACCCAGCCAGCGUUGGCUAGAGAAAGUGCCUGGGUCCUCAACAACCUCACAGCUCACUCCAGUGCUCUCUGCUCUGCUCUGCUGACUCUCAACUUGGUCCCUGGACUGAUCCAGCUCCUCCCUUUCUCUCAAGGAAUCAACACAAUGAUCCUGAGGGUACUCGCAAAUAUUGCCCACAAGAAAAAGGAGUUCUGUGUCCAGCUGGCCCAUCGUGGAUUACUGUCUGCACUCUGUGCCACACUUAAAAUGGCCGACCAAGAGAUGGUGACCCUGAGUAUGGAUGUCCUAUUUAUGCUGGUAGUUAGUGGUCCACAGGUGUCAGAGGAGUUUGUGAAGCAAGGCGGGCUUUCCCUGUUGGAAGCCAUUCAGUACAACAGUGAAGGAGAGAUUAGACAAAGAGCAACACACCUCCUGGAGCAACACCUGAUGUCAUAGUCAUCCUAUUGCUCGGUGGACAACAUCUGAUCGCAGACCCUGAGGACACCUGAGAGUACAAGACUGCGUGUUUACUUCUUGCGAUCUGUAAUAAUGUACAAACAAUGUUGAUAUAUUUGAAGUCAUUUUUAAUACAAUUUGAAUAUGAGCUACAAGUAUUUUGAUGUUUACCAUCUUGAGUGUUGUUUUUAAUGGUGCUUUAGUGUAUGUAAAGAUGAAAUAUAAUUAGUUUUAAUACCUGAGACUGAUGUAUUUUUGAUCAUCAAAGUCUCUCAUCUGAAACUGGAACAUCUACUGUCUGUACACAGAAUGAGUUAAUAUGAUCGACGGUAAAUAUCCAGAAUGAGGGUGAUGCAAAAGCACCCUUUUUUAUUGUUUUUGUGAUGAUGGAUGUGUCAUGUAUAUUUAACCAAUAAUGCUUUUUACUCUGUAUAUUCAUGAAAUAAAUAUCAAAUAAAUAUCAA